CUGAUCUCCUUCCUAAAGCCACGCCCCCUCCACCUGGGCCCACGCUUCGGCUCCAUGGGGCCACCGCCUCCCCGCCCUUCCGAUCCCGAUCCAACGGCCAUAAAUUCCGACCCUCUUUUUCCGACGGCAAUCCAGCGAUCCGCCAAUUAGGUUUUCUUUUCUUUAGGCUUUCCAUUAGGUUUUCUUUCUCUUUCUUUCUUUUCUCUCUCUCCGCGUUCGAAUCCGACCGAGGCCGGAGAGAGCGCACGGCCGAGACGGGUCCCUCCGCCGCCAGAAGAAGCCCUCGAAAUCCGCCGUCUCCCACGGGUGGCCUAGCUCCUCAGGGAAAUCCUUAGCUCCUCAAGAAUUUUGGCGAGAAUCCGCCGGGUCCACGGUUUCUUGAAUCUUGUGCGGGCGGGGAAAGGGAUGGGAAUUCGGUGUUCCCUGCCUCCGAUCUGAUACAUUUCAGCCGUUUCUAGGGAACAGCAUGUUAAAAGAAUGCAAUGUCUCAACCCUGGGUGGAUGAUGCAAAGUUUUUCUCAGCAUCCACUUCAUUAUCUAGUUUACAUCCUGCAGUUUCUCAAGGUUCAUCAUAUUCCAGCUUGAGAUGCAGUCAUAGAAAUGUUUAUCGGUUGUUAGCAUGGAGGGAGAUCUCUCCUCGAGCAAAACACUACACGAAAAAGCUGUGGGGCGAAAGUUCGAAGCAGAGAGCUGAUUGCAUUGGGCUAAGAUGUGAAACAAUCGAUGCACGGCAUGCUCUUAUUUCUUGGGUAGAAGCAGAGUCAUUGCGUCACUUGUCAGCCAAGUAUUGUCCUCUUUUGCCACCUCCUAGGUCCACGAUUGCAGCAGCAUUUAGUUCCAAUGGAAAAACACUUGCUUCCACGCAUGGUGACCACACUGUUAAGAUAAUUGACUGCCAAACUGGAAACUGUUUGAAGGUGUUAAGCGGCCAUCGACGAACACCUUGGGUGGUUAGGUUCCAUCCACUGUAUUCAGAAAUACUUGCUAGUGGUAGCUUGGAUCAUGAGGUCCGUCUCUGGGAUGCUCGUACCACAGAUUGUAUUGGGUCACGCGAUUUCUAUCGCCCCAUUGCCUCUAUUGCUUUUCAUGCCCAAGGAGAACUACUUGCUGUAGCAUCUGGUCACAAGCUGUACAUUUGGAGCUACAACAAGAGAGGAGAAGCUUCUUCCCCAAUGGUUGUGCUGAAGACUCGGCGUUCUUUGAGGGCAGUGCAUUUUCAUCCCCAUGCUGCUCCAUUUGUAUUGACAGCUGAGGUUAAUGAUCUCGAUUCACCGGACUCACCACUGACACUAGCAACUACUUCUGGCUAUUUGCAUUAUCCUCCACCAGCUGUCUUUUUAGCAAACCUUAAUUCAACUCUGCGUUCACAUCUGGAGGCUAAGGUGCCUCUGAUACCUUAUUCCUAUUUGUUCUGGCCAACAUUUGUAAAGGAUGAUGGAAGAAUGCCACCUUUCCGGCAGGGUAGUAGAGCUAUUAGCUCAGUCAGUGGGCAGCAAAGACACAGAAAUGCAGAUACUGGAAACCAAGACGAGAAUUUUGUGGACCGCGAUGGAUGUGUAUCUGCUGGAGAACCUUCUAGCUCAAAUGUUAUGACAGAAGAUGCAUUUGCUAAUUCUAUGCUGACUGGAAUGGAAACAGCGGCAUGUGAUUCUGUUAUGGGAAGUACAGAAAACACUGAAGGGCAGCCUACCAUGGGAUUUCAGCAAAGAAGUUCUAUCAGCAUGGUUGAGAGGUUGGAUGCUAUCAAUGGGCCGUCAACUACUUUCCAUUGCAAUGGGGUGGCUGUAAGAAUACCUGUUAGGCAAUCUAGGCCAGGUGCAGAGGGUACUUCUCCUGCCUUCAAUUCCUCAAACUCUUCAGGCAGUACCGAUCUUCAAUCGCUAUUAAGAACUGUAGAGGGUGGACAACUUCAUCAGUUUAUUCCUUUUAGUGACCCAGCAUGCUGGGAGUUGCCUUUUUUGCAGGGCUGGUUAAUGGGUCAAACUCAUGCAGCCCUUCAUACAGCUAUACCUGUCAACAGUCCACACCAAGGAAAUUCAUCUAUAGUUCGUGGAACGAGAGCUGACUUCUUGACACCUGAAUUAUUAUAUACCCGUAAUGUGGAAGCUCUAGUGGCUUCUUCUUCGAUGGCAACCACUAGCAGCUAUGCUAGGGUAACUGGAAGAUCUGGUUCGCAGCAUAGGUCACGCCCCCGUUUGAUGGCUUCUUCAGCUGCUGGAGAAGGUGCGUCAUUUCUUAAUGCCCAAAAUGAUGAAGCUGAGCCUCAUCCUCGUCCCCGUGGUAUUGAAUCUGAAAUUCCCACAUCGUUGGCUGCGGCAGCUGCUGCUGAACUACCUUGUACAGUGAAGCUACGGAUAUGGCGGCAUGAUAUACAAGACGCAUGUGCAGCUUUAGAUCCAGAGACAUGUCGUUUAACUAUACCACAUGCUGUCCUUUGCAGUGAAAUGGGUGCCCAUUUUUCUCCCUGCGGCCGAUUUUUGGUCGCUUGUGUCGCAUGUUUGCUGCCCCACAUGGAAGGCGAUCCUGGAGUUCAGUUACAGAUGCAGCAUGAUGCUGCAGGGGCUGCAACAUCCCCAACACGCCAUCCAAUUUCAGCUCAUCAAGUGUAUGAGCUUCGCAUCUAUUCUCUUGAAGAGGCAACCUUUGGCAUGGUGCUAGCUUCGAGAGCAAUCAGAGCUGCUCAUUGCUUGACUUCUAUUCAGUUCUCUCCUACAUCAGAACACAUAUUAUUAGCAUAUGGUCGUCGCCAUAGUUCACUUCUUAGGAGUAUUGUUGUUGAUGGGGAGACUGCAAUACCUAUAUACACAAUAUUGGAGAUCUAUAGAGUUUCGGAUAUGGAGCUUGUAAGAGUUCUUCCUAGUGCAGAAGAUGAGGUUAAUGUUGCAUGCUUUCAUCCUUCAGUUGGAGGGGGUCUUGUUUAUGGAACCAAGGAAGGCAAGCUUAGGAUUCUUCAGUAUGAUGGUCCACAUGAUACAAGUUGCGCAGGACCAAAUUUCUUUCUUGAGGAAAAUAUGCUUGAGGAUGAUGACCUUUGUAUAGAAGUAUGCCCAUGACAUACAUUGUAGCAGUAAUCUUGACUCUUCUUCAACUAACUCAAGGCAGUUCAUGCACUGGGAAUUUGUUCAUGUGGAUUUGGAAUCUGGAACGUGCUCCAUUGCUGAAUGUUCAUCAUACCUGCUUGGAGACAGCUUAUCAAUGUAGUGUUCCUGGUGUAUCUUUCAAAUUUUAUUCUCAAACUUGUAACCAAAUGCAAAAAAAUGCAUUUUGAACUUAUGUUAGUUACCUGUUCAUGUUGAGCAAUAUCAUGUUGUUGUUCAUUGCUUACUGCAAUGUACAUUGUAUAUUUUAUCGUAUAGUGAUUUAUUUUCUGCUUGAGGACUUGAGAGACA